AUUCCAAUCGAACAGUGGAAGUAUUGGAAGGAUAAUCAGAGCUGUCCUCCCAAGGAGUAAGCCAUCACGACACAAGAUGAAAAUGCAAGCAAGAAAACGUAUACAAUCAGGAUUCUUUUCUGAGUUUACUUGGAUGUGCACACUCAGUUGAAAGAAAUUGCUGGAUUGGUGAUUCUCGGUCGAAUCUGAAAAUGGGAGCUUCGUCUUGGCCGUCUGAAACCGAGUUGGAUGGGGUAAAGAAGAUGGUUGCUGAAAUGAGUGGGAGAGGUGUUGAGGAGGUAAGGGUUGUUGUCUCUCCUUACAGGAUAUGUCCAUUGGGAGCUCACAUUGAUCAUCAGGGUGGUACUGUUUCAGCAAUGACAAUUAAUAAGGGUAUACUCCUGGGAUUUAUUCCUUCCGGCAACACCCAGGUUUUGUUGCGUUCAGGACAAUUUGAAGGAAUUGUGAGAUUUCGAGUUGAUGAGGUUCAACACCCAAGGUCUGCUGCUAGUGAAAACAACAAGGUACAUGAAAAUGAUUCAUCCAAAACCUAUGAGGAAUGCGAUUGGGGAACUUAUGCUAGAGGAGCUUUGUAUGCUUUGCAGAAAGAAAACCAUCUUACCCAGGGUAUAAUAGGAUUCAUUUGUGGUUCCAAGGGACUUGAUAGUUCAGGCCUUAGCUCUUCAGCUGCUGUCGGGGUUGCCUACCUUUUGGCUCUAGAAAAUGCAAAUAGUUUGACUGUACCCCCAACAGAAAAUAUUGAAUUGGAUCGGGUAAUUGAAAAUGAAUACUUGGGUUUGAGAAAUGGUAUUUUGGAUCAGUCAGCUAUAUUGCUUUCCAGUUAUGGUUGUCUAACUUGUAUGAACUGCAAGACUAAGGAACACAAGCUUAUACACUCGCCAAAGUUGCAUGGAAGUCCAGAAUCUAAAGGGCAGAAAGCAUACAAAAUAUUAUUGGCAUUUUCAGGUUUGAAACAUGCUUUGCCAAAUAACCCUGGAUAUAAUCGGCGAGUUGCAGAGUGCCAAGAAGCCGCUAGGAUUCUUUUAGAUGCUUCUGGAAAUGGAGACCUGGAGCCCCUUCUUUGCUAUGUUGAACCAGCAGCUUUUGAAGCUCACAAGUGUACACUAGAAUCUAAUCUUCUUAGAAGAGCAGAGCAUUAUUUCUCAGAAAAUAUGCGGGUGGCUAAAGGACUUGAGGCAUGGGCUUCUGGUAAUUUGGACGAUUUUGGAAAACUCAUCUCUGCUUCUGGUUUAAGCUCCAUUCAGAACUAUGAGUGUGGAUGUGAACCACUGAUUCAACUGUAUGAGAUCCUUCUGAGAACACCUGGAAUCCUUGGAGCAAGGUUCAGUGGUGCUGGAUUUAGAGGAUGUUGUCUUGCAUUUGUAGAGGCUGAUAGAGCCAUAGAAGCAGCUUCAUUUGUGAGGAAUGAGUAUCAUAAGCUCCAACCUGUGUUGGCUAGCCAGCUCAACCAAGACACAGCCGUGCUGAUCUGUGAGGCCGGGGAUUGUGCCCAUGUUAUUUGAUCAGUCGUCAGGCCGUUCAAGCUUCAACCAAUCAGCCAAGUUUUAUUUGUGAAACAGCUCAACCAAGAGAUGUAGUCUGAUCAGAUGUCUUUAUACUCACUGGUCAUCCAUGUAUUUUUUAUUGACAACAGAAAAUAAUUUCAAUUAUCUCAUAGACUCGUACUUGUACAAAAGCUAUCAUAACUGUUUGCUUGUAUAUUAAAAUGGAUAUUAUUAUUUUCUUCCAAUCAAUGAUUGGAGAAUUGAAACUUGUCAAAAAAACAGAUUGGAGAAUUGGAAGGCAUUAAAUUUCUACAUCAUAGAAAAAA